AGUAACCUUUAAGAAAAAAAUUUUAAGUAUUUUUUUUUACACAAAUAAAAAUUAAAUAAUUUAUAAAACACUGGCGGCAAAAAUAAUUUUUCUUUGUCUAUUUUUAAUUUCAAAACUUGUUAAUAAAUUAAUCUGUACAUCAUUUAAAACAGAACUUUUGAUAAUGACAUUUUUAGACGCCGUAAGAAAUCCACAUAAAUUCAGUAUAUAUUUAUUUAUAAAAUAAAUGGUGUAUUAAUAAAAUAAAUUUAUAAAAAAUAUAAAUCUAGAUAAAUAGUUUAUGGGAUUGGAGUCCAUGGGAUUGGGGAAAUCGAGUUGAAACAAUUUGGAAAACUUCAAUGUCACGAAAAAAAACAGAUGGAAAUUUUGAACAAAAUAUUAAAACUGGUUAGUUUAUUUUAUCGAUAAAUAAUCCAGUGUAAGCAUCAAUACAUUGAAUUAUUAUUUAUAUAGAAAAUAAAAAAUAAUUAAAAUUUUUUUUAAGUUUUAUCUUGGGUGGUUGUAUCACGAAUAGUUAUUUCACAUAUUUAUACAUUAACAUAUAUUUUAAAUUUAUAUCCAAUACUAAUGUGGUGUCAAAGAAAAAUGUUAUUAUCCUGGAUGAUAAUCAGUGCAUUCAAAAAUUUUAUUCUGGAAGUCAUUGUAUUUAUAGUCGUAAUAUUACUUUACAUCGAAGGAAAUAUAUCUGAGUUUUUAUUUGGCACAGUUAUUAUCGACAAAUUAAUAUCACUAGAUCAAACACUGAUUCAGGAACAUCCUCGUUCCAGCUAUAGCAGCCCACAAUUGGUUUACCAUAAAUUCAUUCUACAUGAAACUCAAGGAGAUUGAUCAAAGAAAACUAAUGAGAAUGAAUCAGCGCACUCCACUUGCUUUCAACGUCAUGAUAGGAAUGUCUAUGAGACACCUGCGGUUGGAUGAAAUUGACAGUUUCCACUUCAAAAAGCGGCAAAAGUUCAUAAGUGUCCCGAACUUGGAAAAUUUAGGCAUCUAUUCAUCAACGGAAUUCGGUGAUGAAUACAAACGUAUCAGACCGUCUAAGUCCUUAAACACAAUAUCAUUAUUGUCAAUCCGGUAUCUUGAUACUGGAGAAAAUUCGUUCAAUACCGAUGAUUCGAGUCUCACUAUUUCCGAAAGGGUUAUUAAAAUCCUCGGUAUCUCAAACAAUUAUGUCGAGAAUAUUUUAUCAAGGAAUGGUCAGAAGUCAAACGGACUUAGUUACAAAAAAUUUAAGUCAUCAAAUAAUCCAUUGCAAUUAAAGAAUAUCGAUAAUACUGACCAAUCAUCCGUUUGUUCUUCUGAUGACCGGAGCGCCAACAUUGAAAAAAAUUUGAAUGACGGAAUGAACAUCAAUCCAACUUCGAGAGAUAAAUUUAUUGAAAAUUAUUCCGAGUGGUCUGAGCAAUGGACUAUGAACAAUAUUUUGAAUAAAAAAGAAGUAACUGAUGAUAGUUAUUCUAAAAAUAUAGACAGAACUAUUUCCGUAAAAGACAAUUACUGCCAGUGGUCAUCCGACAGUGAAAGUUGUGACAAUUUAUCACAUUAUGAUUUUGGAGAAAAUUUGAGUAUCAAUAAAAAUUCAAGUAAAUUAAAAUUACAAGAAGUAGAAUCAAAACCAAAAGUCAUUUCUUCUAGUCAUCGUAAUGAGCAAGAAAAUGUCAAUGAAAAAUUACCAAAAAAAAAAAAUAAUUUUAUUGAUGAAUCUGUCGAAGCGAUAGAAGAUGAUAAAAUAAUUUUUACAACUUGGAUCCGUGAUUUGAUUUACGUUGAAAUUUUGAAAAAAGAAGUCGGUUUAUUUGAAGACAAUAAUGACGAUAUUGCGAAGCGAGUUAUUUUAAAAAAUACUGGGACAGAUUCAAAAGCUUUAACGGAAGUGCAAACGCAGACGCAAACUGAUGAUGAAAAAUGGCCUAGUGUUAAUAGUAAUCAAAUAAAUUUUGUUACUGUAAAUACUAUUAAUUUAUCUGAAGUUAACGGAAACGAAUAUUCCAAAUAUAGUUCUGAUUAUAUUAAUUUAUUGAUGAAGUCAUCGGAUAAUAAAAAAUCCUUUGAAAUUACACGGGAACAAGAGGACAAAGAACUUAAAGCGUUAAAAGCUUAUAAUGAGAUCACACUUUGGAAAGAUAAGAGAAAGAAAGAUCUGGAGAGAUUGAAAAAAGCUCCGAUAGAAAGUAUUUCUUUGUCGAAAAAUAAAUUUGAAAUGAAAAAUCAUCCGGGUAAAGAAAUCGUGCGUAAAAAAUCUGGAGAAAAUAGCGGAUUUAAAAAACUAACAAAAAAUCUAAACAUUAAUUUGUUGCAUAAUAAAAAUAACAAGAAUUUACAAACACGCCGUAAAUUAGACAGAUCUAGAGCCACUGUAAAUAUUCCUAAUUUGCAAUCAUUAAAAAUUGACGAUUUCAAAAUAUCGAAAUUUGACAAUAAAAUAGAUAUUUUGAAAAAUGACACCAACGCAUUGAAUAGCAAAAUAUCGGCAGCAGCUUCUCCAAUUCAAAAAUCUACUGGAUUAUUGUAUACAGAAACAGACAUAAAAACCAAAAUAGCAAAUAUAAAUUGGUCAUUAUUUUCAAAUAAUGAUGAUAGUUUACAUAAAAAACCUAGAUCUAAUCAAAAAUUUGAUUAUAGACGAACGGGAUUUGAUUUUAUUGACGAUAGAGACAUAGUAACUUUAUUACAAAGUGCGUUUUCUUUUGACUCUCGCGAAAACGACCGUGGGUUUUAUUUAGGACCCGCUUCAACAGAACUGUAUUCUGUGACAAAUUCUGAUCAAAUUCCAAAUGUGUUUAAUGAAAUUAUUAAAGCUGCGCGUCUUACUAUUGUACGGCAUGAAUGCCCGCACUAUUCAUCAACACGAGAGAUUGAUUUUGGAGAUGAUUAUCUUAGUGAUUUACAAACUUUUGGUAAAAAUGAUAAUCAGCAGUAUUACGAAAGUAUCAAAGUUCCACAAGUUACUGAAAUAAUACGCGACAAUAAUGAUACUAAUGAUACUGCACCAAAUUUAAAGCAAAAAGAAAUCUUUUUAAUGGAUUAUUGGUUCCAAAAAUACAAAGAACUUGUACUUGAUUCAAAUAAACUCAACUCUCAAAAGUUGGCAGAACUUGCGGGCCUGCCGGGUUUUUAUCUUUUCAAAAAAUUGAUCAGUCAAAUAAACUGUUCAUUGAUGGUUUCAAUUUCUACUGUAGUGUCAAUGGAAUCUAUUGAAUCAGAUCAUGCAGCAACAACUUCGCGAACAUUUGAUGAGUCAUCAAAUCCAGAAAUUUAUGGAACUGCCGAAAGUCCCGACAAUAUUUUUGAUGAAAAUCAAAUAGAGGGACAGGAUAUUGACACACUAAUUAGUGGUGAAAGUGAACAUAUGAACGAAACUUACCAAAAUAUGAGAAUUUAUGACGAUGACUGCAAUUGGUCAGAUGAAUCCAAUACGUUUUUAAAUUUUACAGACAAAAGAAGCGAAGUCUCUUUAGGAAAUGGCAGCAAUAUGUCUGAAUUUACUGAAGAAUAAUUUCAAUUAAAAAGAAGGAUUAUAUAAUUAAUAAAGUAGUAAUUAUAUUUAUUUUAUUGUAAUAAAUAAGUAUCAAAUAUUAACAAGUCUGGU